GCUCCAACGACUGUAACAGUUGGCCAGAAUACCUAAUUGCAUCUUCUGGCGGUCCAAUGGAACCCGACACGAUGGGGCCACAACCGACCGCGGGCGAAGCGGNGCGGUCCAAUGGAACCCGACACGAUGGGGCCACAACCGACCGCGGGCGAAGCGGGAGAGGAGUAUAGGGCAUCGCCCGACCGAGCUCUGAGAGAACUGAAGGAACGAAUUAGGCAAGAAGCACCGCUGAGAUGGGCUGACCAAACCAAUGACGGAGGGCCCGACGUAAGAGGCGAACCAGUUGCAACAGAGCCGCAGGAGGCUCUAAGGACGGGUACCUCGAGCGGACGAAGAGAGACGACGAGACGACGCUCGCCCGAGUACGAGCGGAGGGACACCAUAGCGGAUAGGCAUAGAGACGACUGGAGAGAGAAUUUGAGGGAUUCCUGUUGGAGGGACAGAGAUAGAGACAGGGCGCCGCCUAGGCGGGUCUUCGACCCCCAGACAGGGGAGUCACAUCCGCUCCCUUACGAGAGCAAGGAUCGCUACAUUAUUACGCACAAGGUCUCAGAGUCUCCUACCUUCAGGGGUUAUGGUAUCACAGAAUAUCUGGAGAAGUGGGAGCUUCACGCCAGCCGGAGUCAGUGGUCGGAGGAAGAGAUUAUAAAGAACUUCCUAUUUAAUGUGGACCCAAGUCUCGGUAGGGAAGUUAAGGAAGCUCGACCGAAGGAUGGGAAAUGGACUACGUACAAGAAGAAUCUCGUUGAACUUUACAAACUGGAGGACAACAAGUAUUCCAUUAAGGACCUUGAAACAAUGACUCAAGAUGAAGAUGAGAGCGUACGGGCAUUUGGGAUGCGUUUCCAGAAGAUCUCCGACGUGCUGAUGAAGAAGGGGAAGAUCUCAGAGGUCGAGCGUUGUACUAUCUUUAUCGGACACUUGUCCAAAGGUAGGCUAAAGAGUAUACUUAAAGAUCUUCCGCGCGACAGGCUUGAUUUCCCAGAAGUCCUAAAGCUCGCGAUAAAGGACGAGGCAGACGAUUACAAGGASUUGGUGUGGAGAGGGAUGAGGAGACGUGACUUCUCUCUCUACAAGGAGUAUGCCACUGAUAGAUGUCCUGAUUUCAAGGACUAUCCCUGGUCGGAGAAGAAUGAGGYCGUGGCUGAGGAAGUGAAGGAGAUACGGGACAUGGUGAAGGGAUUAACGAGACAGAUAACCUUUGAGGGGAACAUGGUGACCACACCCAUAAGGGUGGGAGCCACCAAGUCGGCGAGAGCGUUUACAUCGAAGAAAACUGACACGGAUUACGUGAUGGCGGAGAAGGAUGGGCAGCGGGUCGAUGGAGAGGAGGUUAUCCUUUCACCGCGAAAGCGGGGAGUGAAGAAGUUCUUAAGGAAGAGUUCGCUGGACGAGAUUGACACGGUCGAGCCACUGAGGCGGGCCCUUCGGCAACCCAUGCAGUGCUCUAUUCUGGAGUACCUGGCGGCAUCGAAGCCAGCUCGUGAUGAGUUACAGAUGAUCACGAGGAAGACCCGCAUACCUCUAUCGGAGGAGGGUCAGAGGGCCCCUAAGGCGGAAGCUUCUAUAGUAGCAGUAACGGGAGUGACCGCCGGAGUGGAUCGCAUGGCGACAGUCCUUCUUGAUGGAAUGGAAGGUGUGCCUCCAGACAAGUUUUAUAUACUUGGUAGCGGGGCCGUGGAAACGAUUAUAAACGAUGGAGCGGUACUCGAUGCUGUGAUUGAUAACGACAGUGAGGCUGUCAUCAUAGACGAGGACCUGGCGGUACAAGUUGGACUGGGCCUCGAUAGGUCAUACCUAUUCGAGAUAGAGACGGCUGAUGRGAGAAAGCAACRGAUCACUGGRGUUUGUCACAAGGCAGCCAUAGAGGUCCAAGGGGURCGAGURACCCUGCCUGUCUUUGCAGUCAARAACUGCAGCUCCGACCUGCUCUUGGGUCGRACGUGGCUSAGCCACGUGCAUGCGGUGACGAUAGAGCGACCUGAUGGUAGCCAAACAUUGUCCAUUAAGAAGCCAGACGGGACGCGGGUAAUGAUUGAGACAGUGGAGCCUCGGGACCCGAGGAACAGAGCAGCUCUCGCUGUGGGUGCAAGACCCAGUGAUCAGAUYAAGUCGUUGCCUAUCUCCAACCGCGCGGUGCGAUUUCGYGAGAAGAAAUAUGGACCACUGCUCACAGAGGAAGAAGGUCGGAUAGUGGAGGUGGAAGACUUAGGGAGUCGGCUARUAGUGGACGGUAACUCGUACCCAAAAGAAAAAGAUGAGGAAUUUGGCGGUGUGGUAUCAGUGUCUUUUUUAAGGGCACGGCCCCCUAUGGGGGGCUACCCAAGCGACACAAACGAGUAGCACAGAAAGUUAAGCCAGCGGCGGUGGGCCGCGAGCGAUC